AUGGUUGCAGACGUUGAAAAGACAUCGAAUUACCUAGCGUGGCUGCACAACAGAGGAUACAUCAAAUGCAAAAUUAUACAACUUCUAUCUAACAAUAAUCAAAUUAACAAAUAUCGAGUGCGGGACAUCGAGUUUGAGUAUCGUGAGUGUUGGGUAUGGUACCGCUAUUCAGGCAGCAAUUUCACUUUGUAUCACCCCGAAGAGAACUGUCCACAAGUUCUGGUGAAAGAUUGUGCAAGUAACUUAUCAUCUCAUAUAGAGACUUUUGAAAGUAGCGUAAAUGAUUCUCCUAAUGAAUCUACUGAAAACGAAAUCUGUCUUCUAAAGCCAGAAAGGAAAGCAUUAAAAAAAUUGGAAAAUUUAGACUCUUCAGACGAUCGGAAGUUUUUAGAAAAGGACUCGAAACGACUGCCUUUAAAAAUUGGAAAAUUAUCCUGCAUAGAAAUUCAUAAAGGUUCAAAGGCUCUCGGAAUCAAAGUUGUCGGUGGAAAUGAUAUGUCAUUGGUAAAGUGCAGAGAUGCACCGAUUAGUGAACUUGAUCGAUGGCCGAAUAGUUGA